AUGGCUGGAAUCAUUAAUAAGCCCCUGGCCUUCUUCCGCAGGCCUGGGGACUCCAAGCCACUUCAUACCAGGUGGGGUGACGUGGCUAUAUCUGUGCCUACAGAGGGCUCAUGGAAUCAAUACGAUAAUCCUCACCGUCCAACACAAGAGCAGCCUCAGAUCUAUGGUCCGGGGUUCGUUCCAGAUUUUGUUCCAUCGUCCAGUAAUCGAACCAAACACCGUGUACACAACUUGAGGAAAAAGGAUAACGAUGAAGAAGACGAAGAAGAAAAGGAGGACGAGGAGCAUAGAACAAGACCUGCUAUGACCCGAUCCGCCUCCGUUGCAAGCUCUCGACGAAACUCCCUUUCUCUGGGAUCUCUACAUCCAGGUCGUCUUUCCGUGCGUCUAGCAUCUCGACCCAAGCACCUACGCGGUGAGAACAAAGAUGAGCGAGAUAUCCAUAGAAGAGACUCUCAACGAACUGAAUUUGCCUACAAACCUAUUCAACAAGACUAUACGGCAGAGAUCUCCGAAACUUCCAGACGCACCCCUCCGUUCAGGUAUAUCCCGACCAACGGACGAUACGUGGAAGAGAUUCCUACACCCAACUAUAUUCCGAGUCGCAGUCAGUCUGCCAUGUCUCAUCGGAGCUCUCGCACUAAUCGAGGUUCUGUUGAUACCUCUAUUGAUUCCUUCGAGGAGAGAGAUCGUAUUUUUACACGUCGGGAUUCUCAUCACGAGGAUGACCGUGGCUCUAUUCUAAGUGAUGGGUCUGAUGGAUCGAGCUCUCGACGCAGUCACUUUGGAUUAUCUCCUCGACGACGGAAUUCGCCGUUUAUUCCGGCAGAUCGCAGACAGACGUCGUUGUUGAAGCCCAUGACUAUGGCGAUGGUUCCGGAUCCAGAUGAACUUUAUGAGUGA